CUGCAAACUUGUCCGUGCUCUUGUGGGACACAGGUGGAUACAGGAGUGACAACAGAGAGCAAGUAAAGACAAAGGAGGGGAAAUAAACCCGCUGAGACGUGUUGCUGAAGAUGCAUCAAAAUUCCAGCUGUAUGACAGACAGAUGAUGGAAAAUUCAGGAGUGAUGGAGCGACAUGUCUGGACCAGAAUGAAGAUAACAAGUCCACCUCCAUAGGAUUCAGUUAUAGACAUUCAAACAAAACAAUUAAGCUUAUUUUAAGAAACAUCAGGAGGAUGUGUGGUGUUUGCUUUAAAGGAACAUGGAAAUGGAGACUUCAUUUCCUUCAAGUCAUCUGUUUUUUCCUGUCAGCAGUUUCUCCACCUGCAGGACAUGGAUAUUUCCUGGGAAACACCAAGGCAGUAUUAAAUGGCUGCGAAGACCACUGGACCUUUCAAAGCCCGCCAAACACCACCAUGCCACAGCUCUCUCAGAUGACUGUGUGUAUGGAUAUUCGUGUGGUUGUUCCUGGAGCCUGGGUGGCCUUCUCUUAUGGCUCAGCAUAUGCACCUAAUCCUGACUUAGGCUUGGAGGGAGACUCUCAGGCAAUAUAUGUGUGGCUGCUACAAGUUCGACACCGUUUUCCAACUCACAUGUCUCCAACCCACUGGCACAGUAUUUGUUUAAGGAGAGACAUGUCAAGAGACAUGUUUAGCCUGGAGGUAAAUGGGACAACAGUUGCAGAAAGAACAAUCAUCGCUCAGACCCUUCUUCCAGCCAGCUCUUUGUGGCUGGGCUGUCGUCACAGAAAUCAAUUACCAGGAGCCGAGUUGGGGAAAGUGGAGCUGUACCUGUUCCGUAUGUGGGCAGACUUGGGCGUUCACAAGGCCUGCGAUGAAGGGACUGUGAUCAGAUGGAAUGCAGAAAACUGGGCAGUGACCAGUUCCAAAGCCAAAGAAACAGAUCCAAAUCUCUCCUGUGGAACUGAAAGUGGAAAGAAUUACCCACUUUCAACUGGAACACCUCUGUUAAACUGUGGUAUCAGGCAGUUAUGUUCCAAUCAAAAUGCUUCUUUUUGGAUCCUCUUAAAUGUGGAGGCAGAGGAGAACAACACAACGAAACAAAAAGUUCACAGUUUGAUAUCAGACAUGUUUGCCUGUAACAAUGACAGCAGCGGUGCAGUACAUGAAGUAAUGACCUUUAAAGAUUUCUGUCAGGCUGAUGGACAACUUCAGGUUCUUGAGGUGUCAUGUAGAGGAAAUAAUGCUGUGAAUAUAAGGCAAACAACCUGCAGUGUAUUGCUGCUGCUCAGCCAUGCUGUGUCAGAGUGUGAACUGCAGAGUGUCGGAGAAUCUGCACUGCAGAGAGCUGCAGGAGUAAUGCAAGCAAGAAUCAUAGGAAAUGUGGAGAGAGUCGUGACAGGUCAAAAUCUCUGUGCGGACUUGUUGCCCUCUAAAGGCAGCUUUGUGAGAUGCAUAUCCACUUCUUCCUUGGAUGAUAUUUGUCAGUCCAACAGCACCCCUGAGGUGUCAUGCUCUCUGUUUGAUUCUAACUCUGAACCAUUACCGCACCCUAGGACAAACCUCUGCCCCCGGCCUCGCUUCUGUGACUGCUCUGCUUUCUGUGAUACCGCAAGUCAGUUUUAUGCCAUAGGGGUCAACAUUACUGAGAUGGUUCAACUUAAAGACGUAGAAGCCUUGUUAUUAAAACCUUCUUUGUGUCAGACUCAGCCAGGGUACGGCAAUUAUUCAGAUUUUUCUAAUAAUUACAAGGGUGCUCAUUUGAAAUGUGACAGAACAAAGGAAGGGUUUUACAACUGCAUGGUGGUACUGGAAAUGUCUGGACCCAUCAACGACAGUUCCUUCAGUAACCUUGUGCACCAGAUCAUCAYUGAGAACAAAUACAUCACAAGUUACAGCCCACUUGCUCGCAUGUUGCUGUGUGGGCCUCCUGGUUUGUCUGUCUAUAGCUUCAUGGAAUCCAACMUAACCUGGGUUUACUCUGACAAGCUGCCCUCAGACAUUUGCCAGCCCGACUCAGUCCUGUUUGAAUGCGAGACUGACAAAACUUUUGCAGUUCUSCUGGCUGACAGCUGCUCUCCAAAGACUCAAACCUCACUGCCAACACACGCCACCACUCAGACGAGCAGUGUCACCGAUUCUACAUGGCUAUCUGGGACCUACACAACUGAAGACUCGCUUCCAACUACUUUACYSUGA